CGCGCACCUGGAGCAGCUUUCCACCUCCCGGUGAGUCGCGCGGGGCUGGUUCCAAGCGACGAGCCAGAGGUAUGGGGUAGGUGUGGGAGGUGGCUGGACAGGUGUGGGUGGGGGGGAGAGGCGCCACAGACUGGAGGUAGCCCAGGGUGAGUCAGGACAGUUCUGAGGGCCUUUGGAGAGGGUAGGAAGAGGCUCCUCUGCAGGGGUGGCGUGUUUUUAUGGCGUUCACUUGCGAGGGAGGGCGACUCUGCUGGGCUUGGGUCCGGAAGGGCCAGAGCAGCACCUCAAGGCACUUUUGCGCAGGAUGACUGUCAGCACAAAGCUUGCGCCCUGCGUGGUUCCAGGCGCCGUGUUUCGGACUCGCUGGCUUUUCUCGGUUCCUCCAAAGUCCGCACUCAGACUGAACGCCCGCGGCGGACCCCCUCCCGAAUUUAACCAAGCUCGGCUGCAGCCCGAAACCGCCCCGCCGCUCCGAGCGCACCUGCUGAGAUUGCUGGGGAGAGGUGGAACUGCGGCGCUUUAUCCUUACCUGCCCACCUGGCCGCGACCUGGCGGCGGGGUGGGGUUUACUGCAGACCCCCCGCGAAAUUGAUGGUCAGUUUAAAGAGUGUGGAGAACUUUCAGAGGCGCAGUUACUUAGCCCUAAUAGGAAUUAAGACUCAAAGGAAAGGGUAUAUUCAGGAGCUGCCCUUACUGUGCUAUUACAGUGGAAUUUGGAAGGAUCUUCUAGUUGAAGGUAUGGUGGGACAGUGCGAAGAACCGAGGGAGUAGGGAAACUUGAGUCUGACUCUUUCCUAAGGCCGAAUAGCAGUGAACUUCAGUUUGCUCUAUCUAGAACUUCAGUUGCUGUUUUGAGAAGCGGGAGGAGGAUGACUUGCUUACCUCAGUGGGUGGUUUGGAACAUAGCUGGAGGAAGGGUAGUGUUUUGAAAAGUAUAAAGUGUGAUCUCUGCAAAUAAGGUAUCACCGCAUUGCUGUCCACACCUUCUUUCUGGCCACCAGCAGAACCUUGUUAGGGACACAGAGUUAACGCAGCAGCUUCCCGGCAGUGCUGGAGUUUCCCAGGUUACCUGUCCAGAGUGGCUGGAAGUGCCUGUUUCUCAGUCUCUGAAGUUCCUCUUCACUGCGCUACCAUGUGAGACGGCCCAUCACUGCGUGUCAUCGGGGACACGAACUUUGCCUUUUUUCAUCAGCUUCUUUAGGGCCUGUACAAAGUGGGGGAGCUGCUAGGAACCGAGAUGAAAACUGAGUUGUGGCCUCUGGGGAGUUAGACUUGAUUAGACAUGUUGUUCAUGAGAUCUGUUUAACUCCAAAAACAUCGUUUGCUUUCUGAAGUUGGAGUUCUUGAUUUAUGACAUGGAAGAUUCUGUCAGAGCCAAGGAUAAAUAUCCAAAAAUAACAUUUUCGUUUGAAUGGUCUUAGAGGUAGAUAAGAGCCUCAGAAAGAGUACAUCUAUCUCCCCCACCUGAAUGAAUACAAGUAGUAAUAACAUUGACAAAUUUGAAGAGUUUCCCUCAUCGCUAAAUUUAGAUUCAUACAGAAAGGAGAGAGUCACCUGGUUGGAUGUGUUACUGGUAAAAUUAAGCAAUUAUUUUUAGAUAAGCAUGUGCAGUCUACCAGAGAUUAUAAACAUGAGUGAUGCUAGCACCAGUGUGUCAUAUUGUAUUUUACCAUUAUUCCAAGUAAGACUUCUGAUUUUUUUCCAUUUUAAUUAACAAACAGGAAUUGAAGGAUAACUCAGUGAAGAGGUUGAAAAAUAAAACUACAUCUCCUUAAUUGUGCUGACUUAAACUGAACUAUAAGCUUCCCAGCCUUCCUGCUGACCACAGAGUUCAAGACCCUGAUCUAGUAGGACAACGGAAUUCACAUCAGCCCUAAGCCUGGAAAGAUGGUGUCACAGUCUUCAGGCCAGCAGGAUUCUCCUGUGGACUCCUGGGAAGGGUUCAGUGAUGACUCUGGUGACAUUAAUGGUUCACCUGGCUUCCUGGACACUGACUACCCCCCUUGCCCAUCAGACAUCAGGUUCAUGAGACACAAAGCUGGCUGGAUCAACCCCCAGGGAGUGCAGCAGCAGCUGCAGGAUUUACCCUUUCAGGGGCCAACAGUGGGCAACAGUGGCAGCAACUUUGUGGGGGAUGCCGGUUCCUCCUUGGGCACUUUACCUUCGUCUCUUGAGAACUCCAUUGUGGAGACAUCAUUGUGGAAGAACACGGUGGGCUCCACGGGAAGCUCUGGUGAAAACAACAGUGACUUUUCUUUUAACUUGACACAAGGGCAGGCCAUGCUCCCAGGAUGUUCUCCAGAGACGUUUCUGUCUACAAGCUCCAAGGUUUUGGCUGCCUCCCUAUCUUCUGAGGCCAACAGUGCUUGUUUCAAGCAUUCCCACCUGACAACUUCCAAUGGUGAAGGUGCUGUUCAAGUCAAUGGAAGAAGCAUUUCCUUCAAUUCCUUCUCACCAGAAACAUUUGUGCUUCCUGUUGAUGUAGAAAAGGAAAAUGCCCACUUUUAUACUGCAGAUAUGAUUAUAUCAGCAAUGGAGAAAAUGAAAUGUAACAUCCUGAGUCAACAGCACACAGAAAACUGGAGUGUAGAAGAAGAAGAAGCCAGUGGAUCACUUGGGAAUGAUCCAGGUGACUCUGAAGUGACCCUUUAUACCAACAAAAAGCAAGAAUCGGGGUCUCUCACUUUUUCAGACAGUGACUAUGAAGGUUGUGCUGUGUUACAGGUCAGGCCAGUGGUUAAAACACCUACUUACUCUGAUGUGGCGGACGAGGCCUGCAAGUGCGACUUGGAUGAGUUUGUUAUUGUAGAACUUGGAGAGUUAAGCAAUACCACAGAAACCUGUGGAUGUCCCUCUAAGAGUGUUGUUUAUGAGCCAAAGUUCAAUUCUGCUGAGCUACUAGCCAAAGAAUUGUACCAAGUAUUCCGAAAGUGCUGGAUGUUGUCAGAAUCUAAUUAUCAGCAGGCAGUUUCUCUGAAUGCAGCUGGCUCUAUAGUUAUAAAUGAAGACCGUGUCCAAAAAGACUUUGAAUCCAGUGUGGAUUUAGGACAGGAAAUUAAAUUUAAGUCAAGGAUCAGAGGGACAGAAGACUGGGCACCCCCUAGAUUUCAAGUCAUACUUAAUGUUCAUCCACCACUUAAGAGGGAUCUUGUGGUAGCAGCCCAGAAUUUUUUCUGUGCUGGCUGUGGAACUCCAAUAGAACCUAAGUUCGUGAAGCGGCUCCGGUACUGUGACUACUUGGGCAAAUAUUUCUGCGACUGCUGCCACUCCUAUGCGGAGUCCUGCAUCCCAGCGCGGAUCCUGACGAGGUGGGACUUCAGGAAGUACUGCGUCAGCAAUUUUUCCAAAUGGCUGCUGGACAGUAUAUGGCACCAGCCCAUUUUCAAUUUGCUGAACAUCAGCCACAGCCGGUGUGCAAAGGCCAAGGAGCUGGACAAAGUGAGGGAAAUCCAGGAGCAGCUAUUUCAUAUCAAGAAACUAUUGAAUACCUGCAGAUUUGCUGAAAGUGUAUUAAAAAAGUUUGAGCAGGUGCCCAGACACUUGACCGAUGAGUUCUACCUGUUCUCCCUGGAGGACCUGGUCAGGAUCAAGAAAGGGCUGCUGGCACCGUCACUCAAGGACAUUCUGAAAGCUUCCCUCGCCCAUGUGGCUGGCUGUGAGCUGUGUCAAGGAAAGGGCUUCAUUUGCGAAUUUUGCCGGAGUACAACGGUCAUCUUCCCAUUUCAGACCUCAACGUGUAGAAGAUGUUCAGAGUGCAGAGCUUGCUUUCACAAGCAGUGUUUCCGGUCGUCUGAGUGCCCCCGGUGUGCAAGGAUUACAGCUAGGAGAAGACUUUUGGAAAGUUUGUCCUCUGCAGCGACAUGAUGCCCCGAGUGCUGUGAAAAAGACUUCCCCACACCUUUUGACAACACCAAUUUGUAUCUGUUAUUGAUAACAUUGGUUUAGAUAUUGAGUAUUGUAUAGUAAAAAGAAAAAUGGCCAAUGCUCUCUUUAUUAUAUCUUUAGUAUUUUUAAAAGAAUGCAGAUUCUUUGUCAUUAAGUGAAGCGUUGUUACUGGUAGUUUUGUUUACAAAUGUUGAGUGUUUUUGCUGCUACUGUUUAUUUUAAGAGAUUUUUAAAUACUAAAAUUGUAUUGAAUGUUGGAGCUUAUUUUUUAUGAAUUUUAACUGGCAAGAGGAAUUAUUCAGUUCCUCUUUAUGUAAAGUUGUUUGUGAAACUGGUACUUCCACUGAACAAAAAUACAACCAAAAUUCUCUUUGCUUAGGCUUUAUUUUCAGCUUAAAUUCUACUUCUUAUUGUAUCAGUCUUAUAGACUACUUAUUUUAGGGCUUGUAUGGAGAGUACACAUUAUUUCUGCAGUUAAAUCUAUUUCAAGAUGAGUGAGUUGCUUAACUGCCUGUGGAGGUGCCAUUUGAAUCAGUUGCCUCUAGAUGGCGCUCCUUCAGAUGACUCAAAUCAAAGCUGUUUUUGGCAUCUCUGUUCAACACACGAAGUCAAGCGAUGCAUGGGUGAAUAGAGCCUUAUCCUUGCCCUUUAGGAUAUUGUCUCAUAGAUAUAAAAUUGAGCAUAAGAUAUUUGAAAACUUAACUAAGGUGUGGGAAAAUAUUGUUAAUAACAAUGUGAUAAAGUGGUACAGGUUGUCCCCUAAUCCCAUCCAGUCCUGUGUGUGUGUGUGUGUGUGUGCGUGUGCGUGUGCAUGUGUGUGUUUUAUUCAGUUGGAUAAUAAUGAGCACGUGAAAGAAAUUAGUGUCUCCUAUCAACCUGGUGUCUUUGCAUCCUGUCAUUUGUUUCCCCAUCCUGAUGUUUCUGCCAGGUCUCUGCUUCCACUUAUUAUUUAAGCCAUAUCUCUUUUAAAUAGAAAUAGUGUCACAUGGGAUAAGAGAAAUAAGAUAAAAAUUUAAAAAAUGUUUUAUUCUUACCCAUAGCUUGUAUUUCAUGUUAGGAAUCAAGGAUCAGAGUGGUACAUUGAUAUUUCUUAUCAGAGCUCUAUGAGGUUAAUAUCAGUAUCUCCACUUUACAGGUAAGGAAACAGAGGCUUCAAAAAGAGAAAUAACACACCUAGGUUCCCACAAGUAGAGGUGGGACUGGCAUUUGAGUUGGCCUGCCUCCAAAGCUCGUGUUCCUACUCCCUACUUCUGUGGUAUCCUUUUGAGAUAAUAUGAGCAAAGACAACUUUAACUUGUAAGCACUGCUCCCCCCUCAGUCAGUGGCUGAGUGCUCUCUCACAUUGCCUUGCACUGACCUGAGGAAGGUGCUGUGGCUUAUGCAUUGCUUGAAAAUCUCUGUGUCCGGGUGUCAUGUCUAUAAGGCACUGACGAGUGGUACAUCUUUGAUGUUGAGGAAGUGUGCUCAGCACCUGCUAGGAAGUUAUGCUUUUCAUUUCUUUAUUUUGAGCAAGAAUGAAGCAAUUUAUAUAACCACUCUACAGAUUUGGCUGAGAGGUGGUUCCUCCCCAAUGUGGUCGUAGAGGCUCCUUCCCAGUGAGGUGCCUGUUAGAGAAGUGGCUUCAGCUCUCUUGCUGCGCCCUGUAGGGAAGUAAUUAGUUGUGACAAGUGUUGCUCUUUAAUGACAUUUACUCCUCACGUGGGUUUUCCAUGCAGCUCUUCCUUGGCUGCCAGCAAGAAGGUGAAGACUUGGUCUUUCUUAUCAGACUCUCACCCACCAUGAGGCAUCGAGUUAUGGUGCUGUGAUCCCACUGGUUAAUUUUCUGCCUUUACAGGUUCACUUGGGGAAUUCUAGUAACAUUUUCUUUAUAGUCAUGACUCUCAGCUGCAGGUAGGGAGUUAAACCAGGGAGAGUAUAUAGGGAGUGAGGGGACGAGGCACCCCAAAGAUGUUCUGGUGUGUUCAGUUGGGUGAGAAUUGAGUCUCAGAUCUUGUGUGACUUUAACUGAGUCUCAGAUCUGCUACUUUCUAUCUGUACGACUCUGGGCCAGCUACUUAAAUUAUCUGAGUCUCUGCUUGUAAAAUGGGGAUAAUAACUAUAUGCAGUUAAUAUGAAGAUUGGAAAUAAAAAGGAAGCACCCAAUAGAGGGCCUGGUACAAUCAGCUAUCCAGUAAAUGGUAAUAAUUGUGUCUAGACAAAUUAAAAACUGAGUUACGCCACCUAUUCUCUCUCUUUGUAUAAGUUACUCUCUGCAUCUCAAUUUACCAUGAGGAUUAGAACAAUACUUGUAUUAUGGGUAAAUUGUGUAUCCCAAAAAGAAAUGUUAAAGUUAUACCUUCAAGUACCUUAUUUGUGUGACCUUAUUUUGAAAUAGAGUGUUUGAAGAUGAAUUAAGAUGAGGUUAUACUGGAUUAGGGUGGACCCUGAUCCAAUAAACUGGUGUUCUCAUAACUAGAGGGAAAUUUGGACAGAGAUAUCUCUGUCCAAAUAGUCAGAAAUCACAGGGAGAAUACAACGUAAAGGAGACGGAGGUGGGGGUGGUGUGUCUAUAAGCCAGGGAACAUCAAGGAUUACUCCAACCAGCAGAAGUGAGGAGAAAGGCAUGGAGCAGAUUCUCCCUCAGACACCUUGGAUUUGGACUUCUAGCAUCCACAACUGUGAGAGAAUAAACUCUUGUUGUUUUAAGCCAUUCAGUUUGUGAUAGUUUGUUACGGAAGCCCUAAGAAACAAAUAUACCUACCAUUUGGGGUUAUUAGGUUAAAUGAUGAUUAAGUAGCAUGUGUAAAAGAACUGGCCCAGCUCCUGGCAUGUGAGAGGUGUUACAAGUAGCAGACCUCUUACCUUCAGGUGUCAAGACACAGGAGAGAUAACAACACAAAACUUUGUCAAGACUUUGAAAGAUAACAACAUAAAAGACUAUACUAUCUAUAGAGGGUGAGGCAAAAGUAGGUUUACAGUUUGUAUGAAAAAUAAUACAAUAAUUAAUAAUAACACAAAAUAAGUUCUGUGUUUCACAUACAAUGGAAACCUACUUUUGCUCCAUCCUGUAGAUUUAUGUGUCUGUAUAGACAGAGAUCCCCCAAACAGAGCAUCAGCAACUGAAUACUACUGCCUCUUCUACCUCAGCCUUUCGAUAUCGGAGAGAGCUGCUUACCCUCCGGUUUUAGGAGACGACCAGGAAUUUGGAAGGUAGUGGUUUGAAUCAUGGUGGAUGGUCUAGGGGGCUGCUGGCUGUUACCUCACAUUAAAAAGCAGAUGAAACCAUCUUGAUUUUCAUAUGUAAUAGAAACUGAGAUAUAUUUUCAAACAAAUCUCAAGGAAGACCUUGAUUGUGAGCAUUAGGAAGGGCCCUCUGCUCCCUCGCUUGCACGGGGUGGAGCGGGGAUUGGUGCUGGGCGGUGAGAGCACCUGUGCCUGCCCCACGCUGUCCUCACUGCUGAACUCACUAGGGCUUCUGCACACAAUGGAGGACAGGUUUUAGUGGCCCCUCCCCAUCCAAGCUUCAUGUGAGGAACUUCAAGGGUAAGAGAGGCUGUUAAAUAGAGAGUGUCAUGAUGUCCUGUGGGGUAACUGCCUGUGAAUGACUGGAAAGGUCACUUUUGCAGCCCUUAGCUGUGGGUAUUUGUAUUGUACAAUCCUAGGAGAUAGGGAGCCAGUCGAGAACAAAACCACAUUUUUAAAUCAAGUUCGAGUCAUCACUGGGACAUCCAUCAGGCAGAGAGAAGAUCCAUGUUGCUAUGAAGAAAGAUCCAUGCAGAGGCCACGAAGGAAGUAACCAAAAUAUCUGUCAAGUAUUUGACAGGCUUCAGCUGGGGGCCGAAGAGAAACAUGGCGGUGCCGCCGUCCAGCGCCGGGCGCAGGGAACACAGCAUGGACUCUGCAGUCAAGGUGCUCACAGACACCUCCAGGGAGCUGGCAGGGGCGGGACGACAGGUGAGGCAAAUACAAGUCAGACUGUGUGCAUUCUAAGAUGAAGCGGAGUCUAAACACCUUAGGAGUGACAGGUCCCCCUUGGGACCCUCUAAGAGGAGUUGUGGAAACUGCCGCUCGAAGGGCCAACUGGACUCCACUGAAGAGAAGAGGAGGAACAGCAGAAACGGCCUCCCUGGGGAAGGGUGAGUGGACCAGCGUAGAGCCGAGGGGUUUGGCUGGGAAUGAAGCUGGAAAGGUCAGCAGAGCCCAGAGCAUGGAGCCUAGUGAGCAUGAGGGGGCUUCGACUCUGCGGGAGGCAGGGAGGCUUUGAAGAAUUUUGACAGAGAGCUGGGCGCAACUCAACCUACACUCAAGGAAGAAAAUGCUGCAUUCAUCUGCAGGAUGAAUCAGAGUGGGAGUGAAGGCUGGUGACUGAGGGCUGCCACAAGGAAACAGAAAAGAAGGAUGCUUGAAAAAGUGGGAGCAGGGCUCAGGAGAGACUGGGGUGAAAUGAUUGAGGCACUCAUCUCAGGCAUGCAAUUGAAGGGAACCUCCAAAACUCAGUACUCAAGAAAAAUGAUGUCUUCAUACAAUUUAAAAAAUUUAAUGUCAAAAAGAAAUCUGUUAUAAAACUCUCAAAGUUGCAAAUAAAGAGAAGGUUCUAUUGUCCACUGGCCCAACUUGGCCUCAUUGAUUUCACCCAAGUCCCAGCCUGUGGGACGGACGCUGAGGACACACACCAGGAAAGUGGGCCUGGGGUGGGGAGGCUUGCAGGUGGAGCCAUCUGGGAAGAAGGCGG